UCGAGGACUACAACUCCCGUCAUGCCCUGCGGCUGCUUCUCGCCUCUUCCCCCGGAAGUGAGGCGCAGUUUCCGGUUCCGCCUCAGUCCGUCGCGCGCCGUCACGAUGGAGGAGCUCGGGCUGCUCGGGGAGAAGGCGCAGGAGGAGGUGCCGGCGCUCGCCCCCCCGCGCCCCCCCACGGCUCUCGCCUUUCUCGUUCCGGAGCCCGAAGACCUCGAGGAUCUCUACAGUCGCUACAAGAAGCUGCAGCAGGAGUUGGAGUUCCUGGAGGUGCAGGAGGAGUACAUUAAAGAUGAGCAGAAGAACCUGAAGAAGGAGUUCCUUCACGCCCAGGAGGAGGUGAAGAGGAUCCAAAGUAUUCCGUUGGUCAUCGGACAAUUCCUGGAGGCCGUCGACCAGAACACGGCCAUCGUGGGCUCCACCACCGGUUCCAACUACUACGUGAGGAUCCUGAGCACCAUCGACCGGGAGCUGCUGAAGCCCAACGCCUCGGUGGCCCUCCACAAACACAGCAACGCUCUGGUGGACGUUCUCCCGCCCGAGGCCGACAGCAGCAUCAUGAUGUUGACCUCAGACCAGAAGCCGGACGUGAUGUACGCCGACAUCGGUGGGAUGGACAUCCAGAAGCAGGAGGUCCGCGAAGCCGUGGAGUUACCUCUCACCCACUUCGAGCUCUACAAACAGAUCGGCAUCGACCCACCACGAGGUGUCCUCAUGUAUGGACCUCCGGGAUGUGGGAAGACCAUGUUGGCCAAAGCCGUGGCCCAUCACACCACCGCCGCUUUCAUCCGUGUGGUGGGGUCGGAAUUUGUCCAGAAGUAUUUGGGAGAAGGUCCUCGGAUGGUCCGGGACGUCUUCCGUUUGGCCAAGGAGAACGCGCCGGCCAUCAUCUUCAUCGACGAGAUCGACGCCAUCGCCACCAAACGCUUCGACGCCCAAACCGGAGCCGAUCGGGAGGUUCAACGCAUCCUCUUGGAGCUCCUCAACCAGAUGGACGGCUUCGACCAGAACGUCAACGUCAAGGUGAUUAUGGCCACCAACCGAGCGGAUACUUUAGAUCCGGCGUUACUCCGUCCCGGUCGGUUGGAUCGGAAAAUUGAAUUCCCGUUACCGGAUCGGCGCCAAAAACGCCUCAUUUUUUCCACCAUCACCGGAAAAAUGAACCUCUCCGAAGAAGUGGACCUCGAGGAUUACGUUGCGCGUCCGGAUAAGAUCUCCGGAGCCGAUAUCAACUCCAUCUGCCAAGAGGGUGGAAUGUUGGCCGUGAGGGAGAACCGUUACAUCGUUUUGGCCAAGGACUUCGAGAAGGCCUACAAGACGGUCAUCAAGAAGGACGAACAGGAACACGAGUUCUACAAGUGAGGACAUCACCGCCCGUCUUCUUCUCCGGGUCUUCUCCAAUAAAACCCUUCAUG